UAGAGGCUCUCCGCUGGGCCCGAGCGGGCUGGGGGAGGGGAGCGUCGGGCCGACGGUUUUGGGGGUGAAAAGGCAAAAGGCGGGUGAAAGGCUGCCUCCCGAGGCUCUCCUUGCUUGGAAUUCUGCCCACUCUGCGAAGUUAGGAGUCACGACCUCCAGCACAGGUUCUAGGGAAGGAGUGACUGAUACGUAGGUGAGUGUUCUUCUGGAUGAGAGAAAGACCUCAUGAUUCCCCAAAUGGUUUGCAAAGUGAGAAGAAAAUUGUGCUGGACAUCUACUGAGCCAACCUUAAGGGAUGUGGUACCACAGAUUGUCCCACCUACAAAGCAGGCUUCAGGACUUGCUGAAGGGAGGAGUCAUAUAUCCAGCCCUUCCACAGCCCAACUUCAAAAGCUUACUUCCUUUAGCUGUCCAUUGGCACCAUACAGUCUCCAAGUCUCUGACUUGUGCUUGGCAGCAACAUGAAGAUCAUUUUGAGCUGAAAUAUGCUAAUACCGUAAUGCGCUUUGAUUAUGUCUGGCUUCGAGACCACUGCCGCUCAGCAUCGUGCUACAACUCUAAGACUCACCAGCGCAGCCUGGAUACUGCCAGUGUGGAUUUAUGUAUCAAGCCAAAGAACAUUCGUCUGGAUGAGACCACACUCUUCUUUACUUGGCCAGAUGGUCAUGUGACUAAAUAUGAUUUGAAUUGGCUGGUGAAAAACAGCUAUGAAGGGCAGAAACAAAAAGUUAUCCAGCCUAGAAUACUAUGGAAUGCUGAAAUCUACCAGCAAGCCCAAGUUCCAUCUGUAGAUUGCCAGAGCUUCUUAGAAACCAACGAGGGACUGAAGAAGUUUCUGCAAAACUUUCUGCUCUAUGGAAUUGCAUUUGUAGAAAAUGUCCCUCCCACUCAAGAGCACACAGAGAAGUUGGCAGAAAGGAUCAGCUUAAUCAGAGAAACCAUUUAUGGGAGGAUGUGGUAUUUCACUUCAGACUUCUCCAGAGGUGACACUGCAUACACCAAGCUAGCUCUGGAUCGGCACACUGACACUACCUAUUUUCAAGAGCCCUGUGGCAUUCAAGUGUUUCAUUGUCUUAAACAUGAAGGAACUGGUGGCAGGACACUGCUAGUGGAUGGAUUCUAUGCAGCAGAACAGGUACUUCAAAAGGCACCUGAGGAAUUUGAACUCCUCAGUAAAGUGCCAUUGAAGCAUGAAUAUAUUGAAGAUGUUGGAGAAUGUCACAACCACAUGAUUGGGGUUGGGCCAGUGUUAAAUAUCUACCCAUGGAAUAAAGAGCUGUAUUUGAUCAGAUGGAUUACCCCUCCUGCUUCUGCUUAUUCCAAGCAAACUGUUACUGUGCAUUAAUUCAGUUUACUCAGCAAAUAUUCCAUGAGCAUCUACCAAGAGUGAUGCUCUGUUCUUGACACUGGAGAUGAAACUGUAAGCACAACAGACAAAAAUUCCUGGCCCUCUUGGAAUUCUCAUUAUAGUGACAAGAGAGAGUAAUUAAAAAUAAAUAAGCAAAUAUGUAAUAUAUCAAAUGGUGAUAAGUACUAGGGAAGAACAAAAGAGCAGGGAAAGAGAUACGGGGUGAAGAGGCAGGGUGAAGAUAGCAGCAAAACUUGACAUACUACAAAGAGUACAGGCUUUGUAAUCAGAAGGAAUUCAGUGUGAAAUCCUGACUGCCACUUAUUGAUUUUGGCCUUGGACAAGUCACUUAACCUGCUAAGUCAUGAGUUUCCAGUUACAAUAAUAAUACCUUCUGUGCCCACUUGUUGUGAAGAUAAAAAUAAAUUGUUAUCCUUACCUUUACCCCCGACUUGUAGUAGGAACGGUGUAAAUAUUAAUUUACUUCCCUCGGAUAAGUUCCUCUGGGAAACUCUCGCUCUGUUACCUCUCAUAUAUCUAAGUGCCUAAAACAAUGAGUAGUAACUCAUUAUUUUCCCAACAUUUUAUUAUGAAUAUUUCUAAACAUAUAGAAAAGUUGAAAACAUUUAACACAGAAAACCCAUAGACUUACAUCUAGAUUCUACCAUUAAGAUAUUGCUAUACUUGCUUUAUCACCAAUCUUCCCAUCUAUGCAUUCAUCAGUUAAUCUUAUUUUCAGUGAAUUUUAAAGUAUAAUACAUUGCAGAUAUCAGUACAUAUCUCCCUAAAAUACUUCAACAUUUGUAUCAUUGAGUACAAUAUUUGCUUACAGCUUUUUUAAAGUUACAAUAUAUAUGUACUGAUGUUUAAAAUAUUAAAUAUACACUCACUGAGUUUUGACAAAUACAUAUACCUAUGUAACCCAAACCGUUAUCAAGAUAUAAAAUAUUACUAUCACUACAGAAAGUACUCUUAUACUCCUGCACAUACAUCUCAGAGGAACCCAUAGUUUGAAUUAUUUUUUUACCACUAUAGAUUAGAUUUUUCCCUGUUCUGUUUAUUCUUUUAUGAAUAGACACCUGGACUCUUUCCAGUUUCAGGUAAUUAUGAAUAAAGUUGCUAUGAACAUUCA